UCCAGUUAUACAGUCAAACAUUUUGAGUAUCAAAUGGGAACACCGUGGCGUACUGACAAAGACCUAGAAGAUGAUCUUCACAGGAUUUCUAAGUUAAAGGACGGGAACACCGCGGUGGUACCACCGCCGAAAACAAUUGUGGAAUACAACGCUCGAAUGGAGAGACGUCACCUCAGUGAUCCCCCGGAAGUCUCCGUAGUUUACGGACGUGAUAGAGGCGUAAGGAAUGUUCUUUGUGAUCAAGAUUUGAAUUAUAAUGAUUAUGGGAACAACGAGGAGAUCACUCGGCUAAUUAGACAAACAUCCGGUUAUGGGUACUCCAAUGAAUUGAUAUCCAAGAUGGUAAAAGCGGAACAAGACCGCAUCGUGGAGGAAAAAAAAGUUAACAUGGAACCGGCAUUAAAAUUAAGACCUGCCUCUGAAAGCCGCAAUAAUAAGAUACACAAAGGCAAACCAACAAAAUAUUCCCAAAGGUGAUAAAAAACAACGCCUCGACCAGAACUUACUAAGGAGAAAUGGAACUCCUUAGUUGAUGUAUUACAUUAAAACAGUUUCCACAAUUAAUUAAUUUAAUUGAUGACUUUA